UAUGUCGUUUUCAGUUGAGAGCUUUGUAAACAUUGCUGACGUGUGUGUCAAAUGCAAAUCUGCGGUGGGUUUUAAAAGUGGUUUUCUUUAUUCGGUGGUUAAAAAUGGUUCAGAAAGUGAAAAUCAACAUCAAGUCGAGGAUUUCGGAUGAUCAACUCGACCUGAGCAUGUCCGAUUUGGACGAAGUCCCAAUAAAAGAAAUCGCUGCUUUGAGGAAGAUCCACAGCUUGGACUUGUCGAACAAUCGCUUAACUAGUCUGCCGAGUGCCUUUGCAAGUCUAACAUUCCUGACAAAACUGCAUCUGAGCGAAAACGGGCUCACUGAACUGCCAGAGGAUUUCGGAAGUCUGUGCAAGCUCCGAUACUUAGACCUGUACAAAAACAAAUUGGAAAGACUGCCUUUGAGCUUCAGCCAACUGGUUGGCUUGAAGUUCCUCGACUUAAAGGACAACCCUCUCAUCCCAACUAUUGCCAAAGUAGCCGGUCCUUGCGUCGACAAUAAAGGGUGCCAACAAUGCGCCAAGGAUGUGGUACAUUUCUUCAAACAGCUGGAGCAAGAGGUGGAGUCGCGUAAGCAGGUCAGACAGAAACUGCUGGAAAUCAACCAGCAGGAGAAACAGGCAGAGAAGAAAAGGCUGAAGAAAGAGCGACAAAGCAAGACAGCAAUUAAGGAGGUUCAAGUGGUGAAAAACAGCACAGCAGCUGAAGUGCCUCAGUUGGUUCCAGCUAAUAGCAAAAAGCCUUUGAAGUCUCUUGCAGGUUCAGCAAAAAGCCCGUUGUUUUCCUGGUUUGUCUAUUCGAUUUUUCUGCUGCUGGUACUGCUGUGGUUCUUGUUCUCUUGGAGGGUGUCGUUGGCGCAAAGUUUAGCACCUAAAAUCGGCGAGGUUUAUGAAAACCUCCUGGACCAGUUGCCUAGUAAUUAUAGGGCGUUAGCCCAGUCUUUUGGGGAUUCAAUCAUAGCCCUACAGGUGGGCACACGGAACAUAUCAAGGCAGUGUGCAGAUGUUGUGUACAACAGUGAAAUAGUGCAGACUGUGUUGAUUAAAGUGUACAAUUUAAUUGGGAAGAACACUAGUUAGUCCCCUAGUGCAAGGGCGAAUAAAUGCUUUAACUACU